AUUGGCACUUUCCGUUUUUCGGCGGAAGCAGUUCUCAGGAAUCACUCAACAAUUCAACAAGAAGAUGCCGUUAGCAGGGUUUUUUCAGACUACCAGGGGAUAGAACUUGUGGACCUACCUACAUAUUUUGUUAAACUAUCAAGAUGGCAGCUAUUGUAAAAAAAAUAUUGGCUGCCUCUCUGGAACCAAUGCAGGUGGAUGUUGUAGAAGAAAAUCAAAAUGUUGAAGAGGAACAACAUUAUGUUGUGGAAAAUGCAACCAUAGACUUGGACCAUUAUGCCUCGCAGUAUGUUGGUCUUGCUAGGCUUAAUCGCCUUCUUUUUAUUGCUGAGCACUGUAACUCCUUAAAGAUUGAGGCUCUUAGAAUGGCAUUGAACUACACUAUGAAAACCACUUUUAACACCAGCCUGUACCAAAUAAUUCAUCACAAACUUGUUCAAGCAACUUCAGGUGUAAGGACUGGCUCAAACAGUAGUUCCAACAAUCUCCCUGACCUAGCUCCAGUCAACUCCAUAGAUACACAGUGGGUGGAAGUAACGUCAAAGAAAGCAGCUCUAAAACUGGAGAAGUUGGACACUGAUUUAAAAAAUUAUAAAAGCAACAGUAUUAAAGAAAGCAUCAGGAGAGGCCAUGAUGACCUAGGAGAUCAUUAUUUAGAUUGUGGUGAUUUAAGCAAUGCUUUGAAAUGCUACUCCAGGGCCAGAGACUACUGUACAAGUCCCAAGCAUGUGGUCAAUAUGUGCCUCAAUGUUAUCAAAGUCAGUGUAUAUCUACAAAACUGGUCACAUGUGCAAAGUUAUGUCAACAAAGCUGAAGCCACUCCAGAUACGUCAGAUAGCAGUAAAGAUGCCAACCAAACAAUAUCCAGCAGACUGAAAUGUGCAGCAGGUUUGGCUGACCUGGCUACCAGAAAGUACAAAUCAGCUGCCAAAUAUUUUCUUCAAGUAAAUUUUGAUUUAUGUGAAUUUCCUGAGCUUCUCUCCCCAUCAAACAUAGCUACCUAUGGUGCUCUUUGUGCACUAGCAACUUUUGAUCGUAAAGAACUCCAAGUGAAUGUGAUAUCUAGCAGUUCCUUUAAACAGUUUUUGGAAUUAGAACCUCAACUUAGAGAUAUUAUGAGUAAAUUUUAUGAAUCCAAAUAUGCAUCUUGUUUGACAUUAUUGGAUGAGCUAAAGGAUAAUCUGUUACUGGACAUGUAUGUAGCACCACACGUGAAUACAUUGUACACACAAAUUAGGAACAGGGCUCUGUGCCAAUACUUCAGUCCUUACUUAUCAGCGGACAUGAGAAAAAUGGCUGAAGCCUUUAAUACAACUGUGGGGGCACUAGAGGAUGAGCUUAUGCAGCUUAUACUUGAUGGGCAGAUUAAGGCUCGUAUAGACUCGCAUAAUAAGAUUUUAUAUGCCAAAGAUGCUGAUCAGAGGAGCACAACUUUUGAAAAAGCUUUGAUUGUGGGUAAAGAAUAUCAAAGGAGAACAAAGGCACUUAUCCUUAGAUCUGCUGUCAUUAAGUGUCAGAUUCAUGUGAGGCAUUUACGUGUUUCAGAGUCCCCCAAGAGAAGGCCUACAAGGCGGGGAAAUGUCCAUAGCACCAGCCAGCGCCAGCUCUAUGGUUAGAAAUUGACUAGGAUUUUGUGCUGUAGAGAUGUAAAUAAAACUGCUUGGAUGUACAUGAGAUACAAGGGCUUGCUUGAUGGUACCUCUGCUAUGCUGUAUGGGAGUAGGUGUAAAUUGUAAUUUGUUAUGGAGUUUACAGUUUGUACAUUGAGACUGUUGGCAGGUAGUAGUUCAAAAAAGUUGAUGUGUAUUUGGCAGAUGUUGUGCAAGAUGUUUAUACUGUAUCAGCUUCGUGCCUAUUCCUUAUUUUUUAAAAAAUAAAUCAUUUCCAAGUUUGCAAAAGGAAAAUGUUUUUAACAUACAAGUCAAUUCACAGUACGAAUGUAGAUUUUCUUUUUGUUUUAUCAAAGCCAUGAAAAUGUUAUAUAAUAAUGCAUAUAUUAUAUAUUAUUAACAACAGCCCAGAAUUGGUCAAUGAAGAUCUUAGUAAAAACAAAAUGUUACUAUAUAGUUCUAGAUCUUUGACCAACCAUUUUCUCUUAGGGCUAUGAUGUAAACAAAAAAAAAAGUUAUUUUGUGAUUUUUUUUUUAAAAUAAGGUUCAAAAUGCAAUAUCUCAAAUAGACAUGUAAUCUCAUGAGUACUUGAUCAUUCAUGUCAAUAUUUUCUGUUUAAAUAUGCCUACUAUUGAAAUACUUCUAUUCUCAUGAGUUCCUAGCUGGAUCAUCCAUGUAGAUAUCUUCUAUCGAAAUAUCUCUAGAGUAAUAUAGCAAGAAACUUAAGUAGUUAGCUACACAUUAUUACAAACCUAGAAAAAACAAACUAUAUAGAAUUGUGGGUGAGUGCAUGUACUCAGGUGACUUUUACUGCAGUUGUAUAAACUACAUUCAUAUAUGCUUGAUCUGUAUUCCUUGUUAAAAUGGGUCUUGGAUUGAGACUAACUUAUUCAGAAACAAGCACGUGACCAUGUUCAUAAAAAUGGUUGUCCCUUAUUCAUUCUGAUCCUACAGUCCCACAGACUUGUCUUUAAUACCAUUAUUCAAAAUGCAGUUGUCAAAUCUGCUAGGCAACUGUUUGGACAUUUUUUGUUUCUGUUGAUCUAUUCUAUCUGCACAUCUUAUUGUUGUUUAGAUUCUAUUUUCUAGUCUUGUAUGUUUUUGUUCAUAACACCUUUUUAAUACGACCAAUUGUCAAUAACAUAUAAAAGUAGAUGGUUAAGUUACAGACUUAGCAAUUUGCUCAUGCAUUGAAUGCUUGAAUUGAAAGUACAUUGUGAUGGCCAGUUGGUUAUUUCCUUUAGGUUAUUAAGUAAAAUGUGAAUCAUAGCAUUAAUACAUAGGAAAGAGUCAGAAAUAACAUACAAAACUGUAUUAUUAUUUCAAACUUAGAGCUUAGCUUUUGGAGGUUUGGGCUUGUUGGUACACUGUAGCAUUUUUAUUUUAAAAAAUGUACAUUGACAAACUGAAAAUGGAAUUAUGGGUUAAUUCAAAAGAAAUGUUUUGAUCAUGAUCUACAUGUAAAUGUUCACAUCAAGCCAGAUAUUCCUGUAUGUGAACUUUAUGUACUGUCAUAUGUCAUGACGUCUGUCAUCUGGUCACCACUAAAUGUUCACCUGUUGUUUGAUCCAACUGUAUAUACUUGUCUUAACCCAUGUACACACUUUGAUUUCACUGUGGACUGACAGAUAACCAUUGUUUCUAUUGCUGUUUGUUUUGAUAUUAAACUGAAUUUGAAAAACAAAA